AUGAGCAAUAGAUUAUCUACAUCUUCGUCCUCGUCUUCUGCGAGUUCUGCGAGUUCUGCGAGUUCUGCUAGCUUGCCACACUCCGGCAAUAGAUCUGCGGAACGCGGAAACCAGUUAGAAAACGCCAAGGAAAGACCUCCACACGGCAAGGUUACAUGGGAGGGAAACGUGAAAGGUACUGGACCGGUGCCAACAGGUGUUGACACCGGUUUAUCGCCCGCGAGAGGAGUGUCCGGAGUAGGAAUGGGCACUGCUGCUGCGGCAGGAGCGGCUAAGAAAUCCAGUGAAUUGGGAGGCUUUUCGAGAAGUACGUUGGCUCCGCUGACGCCAUUAUCAAAAGGAGCUGCUGAGGAUGUUCCUCGCAACAGGCCGAGAAGACCCGUGGGUUUGGCUUAUUCAUCUCCAAAUCUGAAAGGUUUGGCUAACCAGCCCAACGCUGAGCAAGAGCUCUUGAUGGAUUACUAUCUUUCAGGCGCUAACAAUCGGGGUUCUAAUGGUAAUUAUGUUGAUCCUUUAUAUCGCCAUUUAAAUCCCUCUAGAAACCUCAAAAAUAAGCCUGUGUGGAGUUUGAAUCAACCAUUACCUCAUGUUCUGGAUCCGUCAUUGGCGGAGAAAAUGAUUCAAAAGAAUAAAGAAGUAAAGUCUCGUUCUCGUCCUUCGUCAAAGUCUGGUUCAAGAGAUGUUUCGCGGUCAGGGUCGAUGACAUCUGUCAAUGACUGGAAGAAACUUCUUAGACGUCCUGGCUCCGGCAGGAGGUUGAACGAUAUAGAAGCGCAAUUGCCAAGUUCUGCAACCCAAGCUGCGGCAAAAGCAAAAUUGAUGGAUGGACACAAACCUUCACAUUCUCAAAUUGAAUUCUCAAAAAAGGGUGCAAAAUCAGGUACUCACAAUGCUAAAUUUUCUCUUGGCGAUGAAAGCUAUCCAGCAUCUGUUGCCGAUAAUGAAUCUACGCCUCCACUCAAAAAAUCAGAGGAUGCUUCAAAUUAUACAGAUUUAUUAAAAGAACAACUUGAAGAAGAGGGUAGUACUCCUGUUGAUUUAGUUGAAAAAAGUGGUGACAUAAUUGGAGAUGAUGACGAUGAAUCUGAGGAAAUAACCUUUACCAAUUUUUGGGCAAGGAUCAGGUAUAAAAUGCGCGAACCAUUUGCUGAGUUUAUCGGUACUUUAGUGCUUGUUGUUUUUGGUGUAGGUGGUAAUCUUCAAGCAACUGUAACAAAUAAUGCUGGUGGGUCCUAUGAAUCAUUGUCCUUCGCAUGGGGGUUCGGAUGUAUGCUUGGUGUUUAUGUUGCAGGUGGUAUCAGUGGUGGCCAUAUAAAUCCGGCCGUCACUAUCUCAAUGGCUAUUUUCAGAAAGUUUCCGUGGAAAAAAGUUCCCGUUUACAUUGUUGCACAGAUCUGUGGUGCUUUCUUUGGUGGCGCACUGGCAUAUGGCUACUUCUGGAGUUCGAUUACCGAGUUUGAAGGUGGUCCAACAAUUAGGACAGCUGCUUCGGGUGCCUGUUUGUUUACCAAUCCAAGAUCCUACGUCACCUGGAGAAAUGCAUUUUUCGACGAAUAUAUUGGCACUGCAAUGUUGGUUGGUUGUUUAAUGGCACUGUUAGAUGAUAGUAAUGCACCACCGGCUAAUGGUAUGACCGCGUUCAUCGUAGGGCUUUUGGUUGCUGCUAUUGGUAUGGCUCUCGGGUUCCAAACGAGUUUCACAAUUAAUCCAGCUCGUGAUCUCGGUCCUCGUAUAUUUUCUGCUAUGGUUGGCUAUGGUAGACAUCCAUUUCACCUUACUCAUUGGUGGUGGACCUGGGGUGCCUGGGGUGGACCAAUCGCAGGUGGUAUCUCAGGAGCUCUGGUAUAUGAUCUGUUCAUCUUCACGGGUUGCGAGUCUCCUGUCAAUUAUCCCGACAAUGGUUAUAUCGAGCAUAGAGUUGAGAAGCUGUUGCAUAAGGAAUUUCAUCAUCGAAAUGGCAUGGAUGAUUCCCACGGGGUCAAAGUGGAUCAAACUAGUAGCAGCAAAGAAUCUACUCCAAAAUCUACCCCCACAUGA